AUGCUCGUCGGGCAUCCUGGCGAGCAGGCGCUGUCAGAGUUCCCUCGGCUCCGCGAGCUCGGUAUCUCCUCCUUGAAGAUCUACAUGACAUAUGCAGCGCUGCAGUUGCGUGACGACGAGAUCCUGGACGUCUUGCUUGCUUCGAGGAAAGAAGGCAUCACCACCAUGAUACACGCUGAGAAUGGCGAUGUCCUUAACUGGAUGACGAAGAAGCUAGAGGAAAGGAAACUCUAUGCGCCAAAGUAUCAUGCCACUUCACGGCCCCAGAUUGUCGAGACUGAAGCUACCAAUCGUGCGAUUGCUUUGGCGGAGUUGAUGGAUGCACCGAUGUGGGAGUUUCAUUCCUUCAGUUCCAAAAACACCAUUGCUAACCAUGUUCUUUUCCACAGCCUCGUCGUCCAUGUCUCCUCACCCAGCGCAGCAGCUCACCUCCGCAACGCUCAAACUCGCGGUCUCCCAGUCUACGCCGAGACCUGCCCACAGUAUCUGUUCCUAACCCGCGAAGACCUUGACAAACCUGACUUCCAAGGCGCCAAAUGCGUCUGUUCGCCGCCGCCACGCGAAUCAUCCAACGACCACGACGCGAUCUGGCUCGGCCUCGCAAACGGCACCUUCACUGUGCUCUCCUCCGACCACUGCCCCUUUAUGUACGAGGACUUCGAAAAGGGCAAGAAAAGCAUCAUCAGCCAGGAAUACCCCGAGGGUCGCUUCAGUGGGAUCCCCAACGGGAUACCGGGCAUCGAGACCCGAUUGGCCCUGGCGCUGAGCGCGAAUAAACUGCCGGUGCAGAAGUUCGUGGAGGUCACGAGCACGAAUGCCGCGCGCUUGUAUGGGCUGUAUCCCCAGAAGGGCACGAUUCUCCCGGGCGUCAGUGACGCUGAUCUCAACAUCUGGUACCCUCCUGGGAAACUCGAGCCGUUUAAAUUGACUAACGACAUGUUACACCAUAAUGUGGAUUAUACGCCGUUCGAGGGUAUAGAGCUGAACCAGUGGCCGAGGUAUACUAUUCUGCGAGGUGAAGUGGUUUGGGAUAGGGACGGAGGAGGCUUGCUAGGUAGGAAGGGAUACGGGAAAUUUGUGGCGCGGGGGAAGAGUACAUUACCAGGACCAAGGCAAGAGGGCGAUUGGGAUGUUAGUGCUUUCUGA